AUGUUUCUACAUUUUAAGGAGCUUGGGCAUAUCUGGGCAUCCCCUUACAAUUCUGGAACUAAAGUUACUGAAAGAAUCAUAGGAGAAAUGCAAGGGAAGACGACAGAGCUUGAGAGGUGUUCCGAGGUACAAUUUAACCUAAAUGCGAAACAACGCCUGAGCUCUGCUGGAGCUAACGUGAAAGCGUCAAAUAAGAGAAAGAACAUGGCUUUUGCUUUCAAGGAAAUGAAGCACACAUCAAACUAUAAGUACUCAAAUGACUUCACAUCCGUCAAAGCAACGCAAGUAAGAGCUCACAGAGAAGGGAUCAAACAGGGACAGGCCCUAUUUUCCAAAUACCUACCCCAAGAAUGCAUUAAUCUGCUAAAGGAAACCGGCAAUUGGGAUGUACCAUACAAGUUUACAAAGCCACGUGGUUUUACAGUUGUUGAGGGCGAUCUCCCUGCAGGUUAUAAUAAGCUGGACAAGUCAUUCACAGACACACACUUGGAAGGUUUGGAAUCUCUUUGCAGUGGAGACAAUGAAGAAGAGCAUUGAAUGAUACUGAUAAGGAUGAAGAAAGCGUAAACACGGUUGAAGAUGGGGAAAACCAGAAAGUAGACGAAGAAGAUGAAGAAGAAGAUGAGAAGGAAAUAGAGGAAGAAAGAGAAAGCGAAGGAGACGCUGGUGGUCGUGCCUGGAAGGUUAGCAGGUAUACUAAUGGGAGGUUAUCCUACGUGCACAUAAAGCAGGCACUCAAACUCUUAUUGCCUCGCGAAUACAUCUCUCGAUGCCGCCAGAAAAGGCACUGGGCAUCUAAGUAUCUUCCAGGAAAAGAACAUGAGAACCCGAAGCAUGACAUUUUUAAGUACUGCGACAUUGCACUAAAGGUCACGCAGGAUGGGAAGCGGAAAUAUCGUAUCGGAAGAGUGGAAGCCAUGGAAUCAACGAAGGACAGCUCUGAGGUCAUUAGUUUUCAGCUGAAAAGCAAGGCUACUGUGCGAAUUCAAUUUUCCAUGUAUCAAAGAGAAGACGACAUUUAUUUUGUUCCCGCAGACGUGCUCCUUUCAGACUGGAAGUCACAAUCAAGCAUUAUUGGUACAGUCAAUAUGCAAACAACACCCGGGAAACGAGGUAGUUUCACCCUCCAUCCAUCGUGUAAUGAAAGUCUUCAGAAACUUGGGAUUUCACCAUUCAAUGCCGAUGAUUGUAAUUCGCCGACUGAAGAUGAGCAGGUAGACCCUUCAACUUCCCUGAUCGAUGACGAAUUCUACGAGGUAGACGAUGUUGUUGAUAGACGACUGUCUAAAGAUGCACAUUGUUAUGAAUACAAGGUACGGUUCAAAGGCUACGGCCCCCAAGAUGAUAUGUGGCUACCCGCAUCCUUCUUUAAUCGAUCGAUUCACUUUGGCUCUACCUCUAAAUUUGGAAGAAAGAGGAAACAUACCGUCGACCCGGACAAUGUCAUCGAAUGAGGCAAAAGAGCAAAGCGGUGUACUAGCAAGAAUAGCAGAAGUAAUGCUUCCAGAUCUGACAGGAGGGAAAUGAGAAGCAGUAGAAAACAAUCUAAGCCGCAGACAAGCACAAAACGAAAUGGGAAACUGAACCAUCACGACCAUUCUAAAGAUCAUAUGGCUCCUUCUGUAUCCAAAACCUCUGUCAUGGACGCCAAAGCCCAUCAGGUUCUUAGUGGUUCUGACGAAGAGAUCAGUAAAGAUUAAGGGAAGGGCAAGAGGCGGCAUACAGUUAGAGGAAAAAUGGGGCAAGGUGUUUCUUUAUCAGAGCGCCCAAAAGAAUCCCCCUCGUCACAGAGAAAUGUACCGAAAUCAAAGAGAAGAAAAUGUUCUAAGAAAGAAAAUAAGGGAAGAUUGUUUCAUUCCUCUAGUUUAGUGCAAAUGACUGACAGCGGCAGCACGGAAAUCAUCGAUACCAACACGGGUUUUGUUGGUAGUGAGCAAGACAAAGCUAUCUCAGUAGAUGUUGUAAUUGAUGAAAGAAAUACGUCGGUAAGCGGCAUUUUAGUAGAUGUGGUUCGCAAUAAUGAAAACUUUUUUCAUCCCAGACAAUUAUUGAGUCAGGCAAGUUAUCCCCCUGUUGAUGGAGCUUUGACUGUUUUUGAGAUAGUUACAGAAAGUGGAAACAACCUCACAGAUCCAACGCAAGUAUUCGUGCUGCCACCACAGUCUGUGCUUUCAGAGAUCGAAGAAAAGUUGAAUAAAAGCAAGACUACUCCCUUGUUCUUCAAGUUUCCAGGUUAUGGCAUUUUUGAUAGGGACGGAAUUAGAGUGUUGGGAAGGUUCCAUUUAGUCAAAAGUCUCAAAAGGCAGGUACAGUUCGAAGAAAAGUGGUUGAAACAGGCCUUUAACAAUGAAGAAUAUGAGCAAGAGGUUACUGCAGCGAUGCUGGAUAGAUGGAACAAAGAUCGCAGUUUCUUAGCGUCAUAUGGAAACUAUAAAGUCACGUCUCAGGUUCUAUCAUCAUUGGUGGGAGAGAGAAAUUUGUGCAACGAAAUUAUCGACUUUUUGAUUCAAAAGUACUGUGACAAAGCCAACGCUGUUGAAAUGCACCACGGGUUAAACAUCUUACUUUCAUCUUUUCUCUCGACGGGCGCAAUUUUAAGAAACGUGGUGGAGAGGUUAAGUCUCACUAAUGACAUGGAAAAGGUGGGACAAAUGUUUUUGCCUGUGCACCUACACAACUCACAUUGGGGCUUAGCAGUUUUCUCUGUAAGCGAAAAAACCAUUUCCUUUGACGAUGGCUUCCAUUGCGCAAUUCCAGAAGAACUCAAGCGCAACUCAAAGGAAAUAUUAAAGAUCAUUCACAAGACAACUGGCAAUGAAAUGUAUUUACCAGUGGUAUGGAACAAUUUUAAACGUUUCAAAGUCCCUAUGCCGGAUCAACCAACCAAUGGUUCUGGAAGUUGCGGGGUGGCAGAAAUUUGCACAGUCAGGGACAUCUGUAACGGUCUACUUCACACCUAUAGUUGGACGUACGAAGAUGCACCCACUUUACGUGCAGAGUUAAUGGUUGAGAUUUUAGACUUAGAAAGGAAAUAG